AUGGAACAGUCAUGGUCGGACUACCUUGAGGAACAGGUCGGGCCGACAGGGAUUGAAGUCAGUGCCAAAUGGCUGGGACACUCAGAAUUUCUGAGCAACUGGACAUCAGAGGAUAACAAAAAAAAGAAAAAGAAAAGGAAACAGGAUUACAAGAAUGGUAGAGUACCAAAAGAACUUGGCAUGUCGGCCUGCGAGAUCCUCAAAGUCCUCGGCAGGAGGGGGAGGAACCCCCCGAACAGAACAUCCCUUGAGAUCAGACUGAUAGACAACGGUGGUCCUGACCAGCUGAUCGCGAGAAAAGAGGAUCCGAGCGUGACGAACAGGGAAGAGGAACCGGCGCGGAAGGGCGCUGUUGGCCAAUUGUUCGAGAGCCGCCCGCGCGCAUGGAAAAAAGCGUGGCACCUCCACAUCUGCGCGUCACAGAGGCCAAUCGCCAACCAAGAUUUGUGGAUGUCGAUUGCUCCCCAGGCCCCACGCGGUUUCGGCUUCACCGGCAAAGGAAUCUCAGUGCUUGAGUGGGAGGCUUCUCUCAGAGCGACCCAAGACAGCCGAAGAAAGUAG